AUGUUAGGAGAAGGUCAAACUGCAAAUGAUUAUAUUCUUCAAAAUGAAAUCAAAGAUGAAAAUUCACAAGAAAAAUUAUCAUCUUUAUCAAAUUCAUCUUUAUUGCAUCCAGAAUAUCCACCAACACAUCUUUUCAACAAUAUGACACCUGAAUAUCCUGAUUUCCAAUAUAUGUUAGAUGACGAAAAUUUAAAUUAUUGUCAAAAUGGUAUAUUACCUGAUGAUUGUUCAGGCAAUAAAUUAAGUUUUGAUACUAAUGGUAUUGGUAUACCUGGAUGUGGUAUGCCAACAAAACAUGUUGGGAAUUUAGAAGAAAGUAUGCUGCAUACUAUUGAUCCAGAAGAUAUGGUAGAGUCAAGAAUGGAUGAAUUAACCAGUUCAGAAACAAGCCAAAAUACAUCUCCAAGAGGGUUUGAUGGUCAUCAUACACCUGUACCAGGUUGUGGAAAGCCUAAUCCUUCACCACAUACUGUCAAGCCAUGGCAUUUAAUUCCACAAGAUUUUUAA